AGGGCGAAGCGAGGAGGGAGGCGCUCAGCCUCCGGCGGUUCCUCGUCUCCCGUUGGCAGAAACGGUGCGGGCUCGCGAAGGCGGCGGUGCUGCGCUGCGCGAUGUCGGAGUUGCGGGCGACAGGAGCCGGCCCAGGGACAACGCCUGGCGGAGCGGGCGGCCCCAACGCCUCCGGCCCAGGAGGGACCUGCGGAUCUGGCCCAGCGACCCCGCUGCCCUCGCCUGGGCCCGGCGGCGGAAGAGCCGAAGGCGGCGGCGGCGGAGGAGGAGGGACACUGGGCCCUGGGGGACCGGGACCAGCCCCAGGGGGGGUGACAGGCCCGCCAGGGGGGAGCUCCGCUACUUCCGCUUCCGGGUCGGCUAGCUCCACUUCCGGAGCGGCUCGCGAAGGCUGGCUUUUCAAAUGGACCAAUUACAUCAAAGGGUAUCAGCGGCGCUGGUUCGUGCUGAGCAACGGGCUGCUAAGCUACUACAGGUCAAAGGCAGAGAUGCGACACACCUGCCGUGGAACCAUCAACCUGGCCACGGCAAACAUCACCGUGGAGGACUCCUGCAACUUCAUCAUCUCCAAUGGAGGGGCACAGACCUACCAUUUGAAGGCCAGCUCAGAAGUGGAGAGGCAGCGCUGGGUCACAGCCCUGGAGCUGGCUAAGGCCAAAGCAGUCAAGAUGCUGGCAGAAUCAGAUGAUUCCGGUGAUGAAGAAUCCGUAUCUCAGACGGACAAGACGGAGCUGCAGAACACCCUGCGCACCCUCUCCAGCAAGGUGGAGGACCUCAGCACCUGCAACGACUUGAUUGCCAAGCAUGGGACUGCUCUGCAGCGCUCCCUCAGCGAGCUGGAGACCCUCAAGCUGCCUGCCGAGAGCAACGAGAAGAUCAAGCAGGUCAAUGAGCGGGCCACCCUCUUCCGCAUCACCUCCAACGCCAUGAUCAACGCUUGCCGAGACUUCCUGAUGCUGGCCCAGACACACAGCAAGAAGUGGCAGAAGUCUCUUCAGUAUGAGCGAGACCAGCGCAUCCGCUUGGAGGAGACGCUAGAGCAGCUGGCUAAGCAGCACAACCACCUGGAAAGGGCCUUCCGUGGAGCCACAGUCCUGUCUGCCAAUGCUCCUGGCAGCAUGGAUUCCUCUAAAGACCGAUGUUGUUCAUCAAAGGGAGAUAUGAGUGAUGAAGAUGACGACAAUGAGUUCUUCGACGCUCCUGAGAUCAUCACCAUGCCUGAAAGCAUGGGCCACAAACGAACAGGCAGCAACAUCAGUGGUGCUAGCAGUGACAUCAGUCUCGAUGAGCAGUAUAAACAUCCGGUGGAGGACACCAAGAAGGAAAAGAGAACUCGAAUUCCCCACAAACCAAAUUACAGCCUGAACUUGUGGAGCAUCAUGAAGAACUGCAUUGGCAAAGAACUCUCCAAGAUCCCUAUGCCGGUUAACUUCAACGAGCCCUUAUCUAUGCUGCAGCGCCUCACAGAAGACCUGGAAUAUCAUGACCUGUUGGACCGGGCGGCCAAGUGUGAGAGCUCUCUGGAGCAACUCUGCUACGUGGCCGCCUUUACUGUAUCGUCUUACUCCACCACCGUCUUCCGCACUAGCAAGCCAUUCAACCCCCUCUUAGGGGAAACCUUUGAGCUAGACCGGCUGGAAGAGAAUGGCUACCGCUCCAUCUGUGAGCAGGUGAGCCACCAUCCGCCAGCUGCUGCCCAUCACGCCGAUUCCAGACACGGUUGGACCCUUCGCCAGGAGAUUAAAAUCACCAGCAAGUUCCGUGGCAAAUACCUCUCAAUCAUGCCACUUGGUACCAUCCACUGUAUCUUCCAUGCAACUGGCAAUCACUACACGUGGAAAAAGGUCACCACUACAGUACAUAAUAUCAUAGUGGGCAAAUUAUGGAUAGACCAGUCUGGCGAAAUUGAGAUUCUGAACCACAAGACCAAUGAGAAGUGCAUCCUCAAGUUUGUUCCUUACAGCUACUUCUCGAGAGAUGUGGCCAGAAAGGUCACCGGAGAGGUGUUAGAUCCCUCAGGCAAAGUGCAUUUUGUGUUGCUGGGCACCUGGGAUGAGAAGAUAGACUGUUUCAAGGUGAUUCCUAGCGUGGAGAAUGGUGGCGACAGCCGGCAGAGAGCGCACGAAGCCGAGGACAGCAGGGUCAUGCUCUGGAGGAGGAACCCGCUCCCGAAGAAUGCUGAGAACAUGUACUAUUUCUCAGAGCUGGCUCUGACACUCAACGCCCCAGAAAAUGGUACUGCUCCGACGGACAGUAGACUUCGGCCUGACCAGCGACUCAUGGAGAACGGGCGCUGGGAUGAAGCCAAUGCAGAGAAGCAACGCCUAGAGGAGAAGCAGCGCAUCUCCCGCAAAAAACGUGAAGCCGACGCCGUGAAGGCAACAGAGGAUGGAACUCUUUAUGAUCCCUACAAGGCGCUGUGGUUUGAGCGGAAGAAGGAUGCCGACACUAAGGAGGUGGCCCACGUGUACCGGGGAGGCUACUGGGAGAGCAAAGAGAAACAGGACUGGAGCAUGUGCCCCGAUAUCUUCUGAGCCGGAAGCAGCAGGACUCUUACGAGGACGAGGGGAAGAAGAGGGUAGUGGAAGGAGGAUGGAGGGGAGCAGCUGAUCAUGUGACUUCCUGCCUAGUGCUUUCCUCACCGAAUCUGUCUGUCUUAACCAAUCACUUGUUUUGAAUCAAUCACCCAAAGCAGAAUCCAGCGGUGGUGAUUGGCUGGGUUGCCUUAGCUGAUUGAAGCUGAAGUUGGUGUCUGGAUUCCUGGAUGGCUGGGGACACGUAAGGCGUAGAGGACUCCAUCCUCCCUUCUUGCCCCACCACAAGAGUAUUGCUCUGCUCACAACCCUACACAGAUUGGGGAGGAAGAGGGGAACAACGCUGUGCUGUAUUGACCGCCCACCUCUACCCCACUUUCAGAUAGGGGCAGGCAAGUGGCAUGUAGUUGAGUCCGGGGAUGGUUAGGGAAGAAAGAGGGGCCUUCCUCUCAGUUUUCCCACAGGGGCUGCUGUCUUGUUCCUUCUCCCCAAACCCUGUGCAGCACCCAAACUACAAUUGAGGCCUCUUAAGCAUUGGGAGAGGGGGCAGGAGGGGAGACCCACUUAUUCUCGGGAACUCUCAUGUCUCUUGAUUCACGCAGGUAGCAAAACAACUACUUGUGUCCUGGGGCUGGGGAGUAGCUCUCAGUGGAGCCUUCUUUGGAGGCAUCACCUGCUGUUCAUCUGGGGGUAGGAAAUUAAACUUACUGUCCUCCGAUCUCAAAUCCAUCCUCCACACCAGGCUCCAGCCUCUUCCCCAUGUGCACUUGGGUGGGAAGCGACAAUGCAGGACAGAGCCCCCCCCCCCACCUCUUCCUAAAGCCCCUGGCUUAAGGCAACCUCUGGCUUAAUGCACACCUGUUUAUAUGUAUAUUAUAUAUAUGUAGAGAGAGAUCUAAUUUUUGUUCUGAUUUUUUCCCUCUCCUGUUCCUCCUAUCCUGCAGACCUGAUUUUGUAACACUCGCCCCUGCCCUCUUCCUCCACCCCCACCCCCAGAUCCAGGGGGGCGGGGGCUCUGCAGAAAACGUGACACUACACCCUGGCUUGUUUUGCCUUUAAACACACACACACAAGCAAACAAAACAUGGUUUACCUGAUGUGGAGCCAAAGCUCGAUGGCAUCGGUCUUAAGGCUCCUCACUCUGUGCAGGCGCAAGCUGGGUGUUCGUUGAAUCCGUUGUGAAAUGAGGCUGUGGGAACUCCCAAACUGGUCUUGGACGGCUCUGAUCACAGCUGCCCAAGCUGGCUCCUAAGGUCGAAAAGGUGCUGCCACUGUGUAGCAGUGGACGAGGGCACAGAGGCUGCCCAGGCCAGGCCCUCGCUUGUGGGCGGGCGUGGACUCCAAGGAAGCCCCUGCCCUUGGCGAAGGGUCGCACGACGAGGUGCCUUCCGUCUGUGUUUUCUCUCCUUUUCCAUUUUGUUUUGUUCCUUGACUUCCGAACGUUAGCCAUUGAAGGGGUAAGAGGCGGCAAGUGCUGCUUGCUGGUGAGUCAUCUUGCCGGCUGGGAGCACUGUGGUUCUGGGCUCUGCCCUUGCCAGCAGCAAAAGACAGUGCUGCUCAGUGGGAUAAGAAAGAAAGGGGGCUUUGGGUAGGGUCUGUACACUAUUCGCUGCUUGGUCCCUGUUUGAAGGCUGUUUUCCGCAGCUGGUGGAGGCUGAUUCUUCCUUGUAUAGGAUAAUGCCAAGCUUUGAAAGAGGGAGAGAGAGAGACUAUCCCUGCAAUUCUAUUUUUGGGGGUUUUUUUGCCUUAUUGUCUUUUUUCCAAGAAAACUAAAUUAAAUAAUAAAACCUGAAAUACCCAA